UUAUCUAUUGAUCCAACUUCUAAUGAUGCAAAUAAUAAACGAAACAAAAAACCUGUUUAUGUAAAUGUUGAAUCAGCUAUUGCACUUUGGGUUAAACAUGUGAUAGAUAAUAAGCAAACCUUAACUAGUUAUCUUAUUCAAAAUAAGGCUAAAGAAUUUGCUCAAUUACUAAAUGAAGAUAAGUUUAAUGCAUCAAAUAGAUGGUUGCAGAAUUUUAAACAAAGACACAAUAUUCGUGAAUACAAACGUCAAGGUGAAGCUAAUAGUGCAUCUUUAGACAAAUUACCUAAAUUCAGAAGUAAAUUACAAAGUAUUAUUCAAUCAUACCAGCUUGGUAAUGUUUUUAAUUGCGAUGAAACCAGUUUAUAUUAUAGAUUAGAACUAUCUCGUACAUUAGCAAUAGGACCAGUUUCAGGAACUAAAAAAGCAAAAGAUCAUGUUACAGUAUUGUUAACUGCAAAUACAACUGGCUCAGAAAGGUUAAAACCAUUGUUUAUUCAAUUCGAAAUAUGGAUAAAAGCAAGUUGCCUGUUGACUAUUAUUGGAAUAAAUCGGCUUGGAUACAAAAAUCUAUUUGGAAUCUUUACCUUGAAGAUUUAA